AUGAAUGGCUCAGAGUUGCCAUCAGCUCGACUCAUCCGCACCAAGAUCCUCAGCGAAGGUGUAGACUGCAUCGCUAUCCCGGUUCCAGCAGACGACCCGUUCCUUCGCCGCAGCGGCGUCAGGUGCAUGAAUCUCACCAGGUUUCAGACCUAUCAAGACUUCCAAUGUAUACCAAACACUUUACCAGCAGAACGGAUAUCACUACCAACGCCAUUGCUGGACUUGUCGAUAGUUUAUGGAAGUACAGACUUAGAAUCUGCAAGAACUAGGACGUAUCGGAAUGGUCUACUCAGAUCACAGAUCAGCGACGGCGUGGAGAGACCCCCAGGCAAUGCCCUAACAUGCAUUUCAAACCGCCCGCCUCUAGAAAGAGAUUGCUUUGAGUUUGGUGAUUCAUUCAACGGCAACAGUCUACCGGGAAUAGUUCAGAGUGCCUUGAUAUUCUACAGAGAACACAAUCGAAUUGCCAGAAGACUGGAUGAGAUUAAUCCAUGCUGGGAAGACGAGGAACUCUUCAAGACUGCGCGGGAAAUCAACAUAGCGCAGUGGCAGUACAUGAUCUACUAUCAACUGAUGCCUCUGAUACUUGGAACGAAGAAUGCAUUAGAGGUUGGUAUAAUACACAAUACUGAUGGUUAUGUGAACGACUUCGACAAGCGAUAUAAACCUGGACUGUAUCACGAGUAUACUCUGGGCACACGAUACUUCCACACAUUCCAAGAAGGCAGAACAGAUUUGUACAAUAACAAAGGAAAGUAUUUAGGAACAAGAACAGUAGUUGAUGAUGCAAUGAGAUCAGGCAUUUACGAGGUCAACAACACAGAGGCUGAUGUCAACCAGGGUUCAUUUAGACAACCUGCUGCACGGUUUGAUUACAAUUUGGAUCCUGAUAUUGCGGAACGUAUUUUUGGUGGCCUUCAGAGAGCUGCAGAUUUGAGUUCGAUCGAUAUCAAAAGAGGUCGAGAUCAUGGGCUGCCCCCUUACAAUGCAUACAGGAAGAUAUGUGGCCUGCCCGUUGCUCACAAGUGGGAAGACAUAAAGGAAAUAGUUCCUGAUAAAUUAGAACAACUCAAGCGCUUGUACGUCGACGUGAAUGACUUAGAGUUAAUGCCAGCUAUUUACAGCGAGAAGUGGGUGAAGGGGGCAUUCGUUGGACCCACACUGUUCUGUAUCAUGACCCGGAACCUGGUGGAAUGGAGGAAAUCUGACAGACAUUUCUUUGAGCACGGACAUUUGCCAUCUUCUUUAACUUUGCCUCAGCUGCAUGAGGUCAGGAAGACAAGUUUCGCACGUCUGAUGUGCGACAGUGCGGUCAGGGUCACACAGAUACAGCCACAGGUCCUUCUCAAAAUAAGCGAAGAAAACCAACUUGUGUCGUGUAAAUUAAUUCCCGGCAUAGACUUAACAAAGUGGGCGGAUCCGAAGUGCAACAAAAAGGAUGACUAUGAGAAUCACCAUGUUGAUGAACAUCCCUUUAACGUUGAUUACAGUUGGAAUUCAUAUGCGGAAGAGAAAUAGUAAUAAAUAAUACGAAUGAUGGGUUUCUGUAUUGUUUCCGUACAAGAUAAGUUAAGUCCUGAACUCCCAGAGCCAAACAAUGACUUGGCCGAUCUUUUAUGCCCGUUAUGCCGGCUUCACUCUAUCGCCGAACUCGGAUCGAUGCCGACACGAAUGCUUGAACAUGGCAUAAGUAGUUCGUGUGAGUGCUUUCAUUUACCGCAAUGAUCAAUUAUCAAUUUAGCUAUGUAUGCCGAAUCCGCCAAGUCCGGCGAACUGGUCCGCGAUAGUGUGGAGCCGCCACAAUGGAACUUCGAGUCUAAAAAACUUUUGAAGCUGACAAACAAAUGGUUAACAUCUUUCAAUACAGCGUUGGAACUUACGCCUGACCUGGAUGCU